AUGAAAGUAAAACCUCUGGACAAUUAUUUUAAGAAGCCCAUAAAGAUGAGGGAGUAUAGAAAUAUUGUCGAAGCUCUACAACUGUCUAACUUCAUGAGGAAGUCAAUCGGAAUAUCAAUAUUUAUUUUGAACCGAACCUCCAAUAACACCAUCGUCAGGACGUUCAGUUUCCAUGGAUUUAUUUGCUUCGGUUUGUGGUAUAGCCUAUACAUUUAUUGUACUUACACAGCUUUCGUGCAGGACCAAACUAUUCUACGAAUCUUAUACAAUACGAAAGUGCAAAGAUACGGCGAUGAUUACGAGAGACUAUCUUCAAUGUUGUUUGUGAUAUUUGGUUUGUGGAAGAUUCCCUUCGGAUUGAACAUCAACAACCGCUUCAUGGAGAUUGUAGUGGAAGUCGACAGGAGCUUGGAAGACGUAGGCGAGAACGUAGACUACAGGAAAGACGCACAUCUUGCGCUUAUAAUGUCGAUACUACAGUGUCUUGUGUUUUUCUUACGAUUGGCCAGUAUUUGGGUCGGAUUGAGCUAUCUGGAAGUGCCCAUUCCGAUGGAGAGGUUAUACCAAGUUAUUUACUCGGACAGCCUUGCUGUCAUUGUGGCAGCGCACUACUUCUUUUUCCUCAGAGUCAUUCGAGGCAGAUUUGGUUACAUCAACAAGGUGCUUGAUGAUAUAAAAAGCCACAAGUCUUGGGAAUACAAAUUGUUUGCUCGAGGAAACAUGAUGGUUAAUCCUCGAAAGGCGGAAGGCCUCCAAGAGAAGUACAUUUGUGAGAAAAUAAGGGCAUGUGCGAAGAUGUAUGGCAAGCUAUACAGAGUGGCUGAGGCUACCAAUCGAUUGUUCGGGUCCAUGUGCAUGAUUACUCUGUUUCUUUGCCUCACCUAUAUUGUGGUGUACAUGUUUUACUUCAUGGAAGCGACCGCCGCUGGCUUGUUUCGAGAUGUAGAUAGAUACGUAGUGUUUGUCAUCUACGUAGCUUGGCAAAUUUUCUAUUCGGUUGGCGUAACCGUUCUAAUCGUCUUUGUAUCCGAGCUUGCGAUGUACGAGGCAAGUAACACGUCGUUUUUGCUGCAUGAGAUAAUGAACUGCGAUUUCGGGCAAGCGAUAACGGCAGAGGCUUUGCAGUUCUCUGUACAGUGCCUUCAUCAGAAACCCGUGUUUACUGCUAACGGACUCUACGCACUCGAUUACUCAUUGCUACAUCAGACGAAGGCUCUCAUGAAAGAAAAUAUUAGAAAAGUAGAUGGGAAAAUUGGAGAAAAGGGACCCUUUCAUUGUUAG